AUGGUGUUCCAGGCCAGGCUCAGACAGCCUGGAGGUGGAUCUCUGUCUUGUCCUCUCUUGGCCUCAUUUUCCCCAUAUCUCUUUCUCUCCUAUCUCUUUCAUGUGCACACUCCCUUCUUUCUCUCUCUUUCUCGCUCUCUCUCUCCUUCUUUCUCUCUCCCUUUCUUGUGAGGCCAUUAGCGAAGUGGAGAAGGUAGCCUGGAGAGAGAGAUACAUAGAGAGAUAUGUCCACUCUGGGAAGUCUAAACUCUAAGUGGGGGUUUUCAGUUGAGGCUAAGAGAAAAUGGUGUUAUUACAGUGAAGUGGGUUUUAAAAGGCCUAUAUACUGUACAUGAUGCAAAGACAUGGAAACACAGACACAAACACACACAUUAUAGACCAUAACAUAUGUCUAGAUGAAAACAUGUCUUGGUUACUGUAUACAUUUUCUUACUGACAUUCAGGCAUAAAUGCUUUCCAUAUCUUCUACCCACAGUAGCCAUUAUUCUGACAAUGAAUACUCUCAGUACCACAUCUUUCCAUAUAUUGUAUUUCUUCACCAUUCCCUUACCAUAAUAUACAUCUGGAAAUUUCUUUGUGUUAACCAUGCUAAGACACACAGUGGGGGAAUUGUGUUAACACAGUCAGGGAAGCCCAAAUUGGGGAAGUGUUUAGUGGUUCCCCCCCGGAAAGAGUUGGAAUUUUUGUGUUUUUUAAACCCCUCGCUCUGAAGAAGACACAGUUGGCGGAAGUGUGUGUGUGUGUUAAACCCACUCGCUCUGAAGAAGACACAGUUGGCGGAAGUGUGUGUGUGUGUUAAACCCACUCGCUCUGAAGAAGACACAGUUGGCGGAAGUGUGUGUGUGUGUGUGUGUUAAACCCACUCCUCGAAAGACACAGUUGGGGGAAAGUUGUGUGUGGUGUUUUAAACCCACUCGCUCUGAAGAAGCACAUUUGGGCGAAGGGUGUGUGUUUUGUGUUUAAACCCCUCCUCUGAAGAAACAGUUUGGCGGAGUGUGUGGUGUGUUUUGUGUUUAAACCAACUCGUUCUGAAGAAGAAUUGGCGGAAGUGUUUUGGGGAAACCCUUUAAGAAGACAACAUGUUGCUUUUUUGUGUAAUUGUUGGUGUUAAAAUCGUGAAUGAGUUGGGAAGUGGUGGUGGGGUGUUAAACCCACUGGUUAAAGGCAUUGGGGAAGGUGGGUGUGUGGGUUAAAUCCUCUGAGAGCAUUUUUUUGUGUAAGUGUUUUGUUUAGCUACUCCAUUCUCUAUAACAAGUUGGGUUAUUUUUUUGAUUUGUGUUGUGUUGUUUAAAAUUGGGUCUUUUAAAGAUAUUAGUUAAUUUAAUUGUUGUUAGUGUUUAAUUUUACUGAAGGCAUUUUGGGAUUUUUUGUUGUUUAAUCUCAAUUUAAUUGUCUUUUGGUUAUUCUUAUGUCAUUCUUCCUUUGGAGUAAUUUGGGAAACGUUUGUGAAAAUUGUUUUUAAUUUCAAUAUCUGAUUUGAUCCUUAAACGCAUUUGGUGAAUAUCUGCCCCAAAUUUAGAUGUUAAUAUUGCUUGUAAUUUUUAUAUUGGUCAUUAGAUUUAUAUCUGUCAUUUGGAUCUUAAUAUCUGUCAUUUGGAUCUUAAUAUCUGUCAUUUGGAUCUUAAUAUCUGUUCAUUUAGAUCUUAAUCUGUCAUUUGGAGUUAAUAUCUGUCAUUUAGAUGUUACUAAUCUGUUCAUUUAGAGGUAAUAUCUGGUCAUUUAGAUGUUAAUAUCUGUCAUUUAGAUCGUAAUAUCUGUCAUUUAAUGCUUCAAUAUCAUGGUCAUUUAGAUGUUAAUAUCUGUCAUGUAGAUGUUAAUAUCUGUCAUUUAGAUGUUAAUAUCUGUCAUUUAGAUGUUAAUAUCUGUCAUUUAGAUGUUAAUAUCUGUCAUUUAGAUGUUAAUAUCUGUCAUUUAGAUGUUAAUAUCUGUCAUUUAGAUGUUAAUAUCUGUCAUUUAGAUGUUAAUAUCUGUCAUUUAGAUGUUAAUAUCUGUCAUUUAGAUGUUAAUAUCUGUCAUUUAGAUCUUAAUGUCUGUCAAUUAAUGUUGUCUAUGUGUGACAUGAGUGGUCAUGUGUUACUUACCUUUUAAAAGCCAGAGGGCAUGAUGUGAAAUACCUGCUACUGUAUGUAGUCAUCUAGAAUCGGUGUGUGUGUGUGUGUGUCUGUGUGUGUGUGCUUGCCUGUCUACAGUAUAGGCAUGUACAUGAGUGAGUACAAAACAGUACAGUACAAGGUAGACAAGAUAUGUAGUUUCAUGAGUCUACUAUCAUUAAUCCACCACAUUCCCUUUGUUGAAAGGAUAACCUUCAUACUGCAACACUUUAUUCACAUCCCAUUUCUACCUUUCUUUCUCUCUCUCUCAUUUUCUCUCUGACCUCCUUUGUCCUUAUACAAGUGCUACUGCUGUCUCCUGACAAAGAACACACACACUCAGUAUAUUCACCUUGUUUAUGGACUAUGAAAAGCCAGCUGUACCUUUCUUCUAAAGCACAGGCAUCUUUUGUGCUCUUGAAAUGGCCCUCCUAUGCCCUACUGUUGUACACUGACUGAAUAGAAUCAGGUGACUCAUAUCUCAAAUGCAACAAUUACAUAAAAAUCAGGAGUUGUUACGCAGUACAGAUGGAUUGGCAUCUGGUGGGUUUUAUAUUCACUUUCUGCUUUUAGUCAGUUCAGAGUCAGACAAAGAUCAAAACUUUAAAAGAGAUACUGUACCGUCUCUCCAUUAGUGGUGUAUCAGGGUUUUUAAGAUUCCUAUUGGAUGUAAUGUAAGGGUAAAACUCUCUGCAGGCAAUGCUUUAGAGUGUUUGUGCCAUUGGUGGGAGUGUGUGUGUUUUCUCAUACCUCGUGUGUGAGUGUAAAUGUGUGUGAGUGAGUGUGUGUGCGUGCGUGUGCACACGCGCCUGCAUGUGUGUGGAAGGGUGUGUACUUGGCUGUGAGUUGGUAUCUGGCAUUGUAGUACUGUUCACAGCAGAGAGGGCCAGAGUGGUAGAGUGUUGGACAUGGCUGGGCGCAUCUGCUGCCUGUAUCCCCCUGGCACUGGGCAUUAGUCUGGGCACACUGACUCCAAUGCACUCUGCCAUGCUACACACACACACACACUCUGUUGUAGUACCCAUUGCCAUGCCAUGCUCUGCCAGCUAACCCCUCCAACCACAUUUAAUAUACCCCCCCCUGUCCACUUUCCUCCUGCUUACAACUACGUUUUCAGUUUGAUGCAUAGAGAUGUACUAGAGAGCUCAUCUCCUAUCUUUGUAAUGGCCUCCUCUGUGGCAGCCAUGGGUCCAUGCUAAAACAGGCCCUCUAUACAACUCUAUGGUUUGACGUUAUUUGACGUUAAAGAUGAAGGGGGAUGGUGGAAUUUUUGUGCGUCAGUAGUAAUGUACUCAUGCAUGAACUUUAUGUAUGUAUGUACACUACCGUUCAAAAGUUUGGGGUCACUUAGAAAUGUCCUUGUUUUCGAAAGAAAAGCAAUUUUUUUGUCCAUUAAAAUAACAUCAAAUUCAUCAGAAAUACAGUGUAGACAUUGUUAAUGUUGUAAAUGGCUAUUGUAGCUGGAAACGGCUGAUUUUUAAUGGAAUAUCUACAUAGGCGUACAGAGGCCCAUUAUCAGCAACCAUCAGUCCUGUGUUCCAAUGGCACGUUGUGUUUGCUAAUCCAAGUUUGUCAUUUUAAAAGGCUAAUUGAUCAUUAGAAAACCCUUUUGCAAUUAUGAAAAACUGUUGUGCUGAUUAAAGAAGCAAUAAAACUGGCCUUCUUGAGACUAGUUGAGUAUCUGGAGCAUCAGCAAUUGUGGGUUCGAUUACAGGCUCAAAAUGGUCAGAAACAAAUGACUUUCUUCUGCAACUCGUCAGUCUAUUCUUGUUCUGAGAAAUGAAGGCUAUUCCAUGCGAGUAAUUUCCAAGAAACUGAAGAUCUCGUACAACGCUGUGUACUACUCCCUUCACAGAACAGAGCGAGAGAAGGAUGCCGGGCACCUUGAGCAUCCUUCUCUCGCUCUCUCUCUUUCUUUUAUUUUGUUCUGUCUCUCUCGCUUUCCAUUCUGUCUAUCUUUCUUUCUGUCUUUCGUAUCAUUCUGUGUCCUCUUUCUCUCUAGUACACCCCCAUUUAACUUGCUCAUCUCCCUGUCUGUCUGUCUGUCUGUCUCUCUCUCGCUCUCUUUCUCUCUCUCGCUCCUCUUUCUCUCUCUCUCUCUCUCUCUCUUCUCUCUCUCUCACUCUUUCUCUCUCUCUCUCUCCUCUCUCUCUCUCUCUCUCCAUUUCUCUCUCUGGUUCCUAGAACAGAUCCCUUUAUCCUCUAUAUAAUGUUUAUUUCCCAUCAUCAUGAUGUGUUUUCCUUAGCAAACAGAACAGAAAAUGCGUAGGCAGGGCAGGCGUCUUGGUGUGUGUGUGUGUGUGUGUGUGUGUGUGUGUGUGUGUGUGUGGUGUGUGUGUGUGUGUGUGUGUGUAUGCGUCCGUGCGUGUAGCACUCGUAGCUGUAAAAACUAAACACAUCCAGCUGCCGAUGCCGUGAUACACACACACACAUACACACACACACACCAUGAGAUGGCAGUCCUCCUCCUCCUCUCUACUCUCUGUGUUGUUUUACUGUGUGUGUUGUGUUAGACGAGGUCCGUAAUAUAACAUAGGAACAGACCUGUGUUCAAUCAAACACAUACAGAAUGUACAGUACAUGGGUCACCAAAGAACUAUACCCCUUUCACACUACUGAGCUGAGCAACAGCUGAGCUGUACUGUGCUAGCCUGUGCUGGAAAGGACAACAUCUGAACCAGAACAGUAUGGCUCAGGUCAGCAGGAUAGUGUGAAAGGGGUAAUAGAGUGCAUCCACUCAGGCACAUAGAGUUGAUGAGAGGUUGACUUAGUUUGCAGUGUAAAUGGGUCACUGAGGAGGAGGAAAAGCCAUUUUAGAGUGUUGGGAUUCAGCCCUUGAAUGAAUUAAGGCAUUUGCCGAAAGUGAAGAGACAGCCAUUUGUAGACAUUUCAAACAUCAAACUUAUAAUUUCCUCCACUCUCCUCAAAGUACCUAAAUGAGCAACAGGCAUCUGUUCAAGCCUUAUGACCACAGAUAUGCUAGCUUGAGUUAGCAAUAGCAUCGCUUAUGUAGCAGAGGAGGCUGGUGAGGGGAGGAUGGCUCAUAAUAAUGAAUGGAAUGGAGUGAAUGGAAUCGUAUUAAACACUGGAAAUCAGGUGUUUAAUGUGUUUGAGACCAUUCUAUUGAUUCCGUUCCAGCCAUUACUAUGAGCCCGUCCUUCCCAAAGUGCCACCAGCCACCACUGUUAUGUAGCAAUAGCAUCACUGCUGUAGCUAGCUGACUUUCUGGCUGGCCUUUUUCAGUGGAAACGUGUUGAAAUCACCACAGAAUGCUAGCUUAAGUUAGUAAUAUCAUCGCUACUGUAGCAAUAGCAUUGCUGCAGUAACUACUAUAGUUAGCCUAGCUCUCUGACUGUCUGUCUGGCUUUUCCAGUGGAAAGUGGUGAAAUUACAUUUUAGUUAGCAAUAGCCUCACUGUAUUAGCACCUAUUAGCAUUAGUGGAAGCAAUGGUUGUGCUAGCUACUAGCUAUAGCUACUAGCUAGCACAACUUUGACCGUCUGGCUGGCCUUUCCAGUGGAAACGUGGUGAAAUCUGGAGCAGAUGUUAGCAGUGGCCCAUGAAAAUACUGUUGAUUGGUGGACGAGGUGGGAUAAUGAAGGGAGAAAGGAGGAGAGGAGGAGAGAGGGGUCUGGAGAAUGAAUGGAGGGAGAGGGAAGGAACGAGAAUGAAUGAAUGGAGGGAGAGGGAAGGAAUGAGAAUGAAUGAAUGGAGGGAGAGGGAAGGAACGAGAAUGAAUGAAUGGAGGGAGAGGGAAGGAAUGAGAAUGAAUGAAUGGAGGGAGAGGGAAGGAAUGAGAAUGAAUGAAUGGAGGGAGAGGGAAGGAACGAGAAUGAAUGAAUGGAGGGAGAGGAAGGAAGGAAGGAAGGCAUGGAAGUGUGGAGUGAGACGUGUGGAUAACAUAGGUAUUUUCUGCUCUCUUUCUUUCUCUCUUUUCUUAUUCUCCCUCUUUCCCCCUCUUCUUUUUCCCCCUCUCCCUCUUCCCCUCCUCUUUCCCCCUCUCUUUUUCCCCUCUCUUUCCCCCUCUCUCUUUCCCCCUCUCUCUUUCCCCCUCACUCUUUUCCCCCUCUCUCUUUCCCCCUCACUCUUUUCCCCCUCUCUCCUUUUCCCCUCUUUUUCCCCCUCUCUUUCCCCCUCUUUCUUUCCCCCUUUUUCCCCUCUCUCUUUUCCCCCUUUCUUCUCCUUCCCCCCUCUCUUUCCCCUCUCUCUUUCCCUCCCUCUCUUUCCCCCUCUCUCUUCCCCUCUCUUCCCCCCUCUCUUUCUCCCCCUCUCUUUUUCCCCCUCUCUCUUUCCCCCCUCUCUCUUCCCCCCUCUCUUUUCCCCCUCUUUUCUCUCUCCCCUCUCCUCUUUCCCCCUCUCUCUUUCCCCUCCUCUUUUCCCCUCUCUUUCCCCCUCUUUUCCCCCUCUCUCUCUCCCUCUCUUUUCCCCCCUCUCUUUUUCCCCCUCUCUUUCGCUUCUAGCACUUCUUGUACCCCUUCCCUUUACUCUCUUUCCAUUUAUAAUUCCCCUCUCUCCUCCUCAUCCCUCUACCCUCCUCACCCUACAUAUCCUAACCCUGAGCUCUAUUUUUACUCUUUCUCUCUCUCCUCUCUGCCCUCUCUUUGUCCUCUUCUUCACUCUCACUUUUUCCAUCUCUUUUUCUCCUCUCCUCUGGUGGGUCUUUCAGUUCUCAGAGGAGGCGUGCACGCUCACACACACACUCUCUCUCACACACACACACAAUCCUUGGCAGGAUGCUGCAGGACUGUCAUACAGACACACACAGACGGACACACACACUCACAGAUGGAUGGACGCAGGCACACACACACACACACACACACACACACACACACACACAAAUACACAUUUCGGCAAGGUGCUGCAGGGCUGGCCCUUGUCAGUUCAUAUGAGUUCUGUGUCCUCCAUUAGCUUGCUAGUAGCAUUGACCUCACAGGACGUCAGAACAUAGACACACGCAAUUCAAACACACACACAAACACACACUCUCUUGCUUGUGUAACCCGAUGUCUCUGUCUCUUCCAGCUCUGCACGAGUUCCCUACAGAUCUGUUCACCCACAGGGAGAGGACAGAAGGAGCUGUGGCCCUGCAUGUCCUGUGUGUGAGUUCAGUCUUCUUUACUUUGAUCUCACACUGUGUGUGUGUGUGUGUGUGUGUGUGUGUGAGUGAGCGAGCGAGCGAGCGAGUGCAUGUCCAGUGGGCGGCUGGUAGCCUAGCGGUUAAGAGCGUUGGGCCAGUAACCGAAAGGUCGCUGGUUGGAAUCCCCGAACUGGCAAGGUUUAAAAAUCUGCCGUUCUGCCCUUGAGCAAGGCAGUUAACUCCCAACAACAACUGGACGUCAAUUAAGGCAGCCCCCCGCACUUCUCUGAUUCAGAGGGGUUGGGUUAAAUGCGGAAGACACAUUUUGGUUGAAUGCAUUCUGUUGUGCAACUGACUAGGUAUCCCCUUUCCUACUAGGUAUCCCCUAUCCCACUGGGUAUCCCCUUUCCCACUGGGUAUCCCUUUUCCCACUGGAUAUCCCCUUUCCCACUGGAUAUCCCCUUUCCCACUGGGUCUCCAUUUUCCCACUGGGUAUCCCCUUUCCCACUAGGUGUAUCCCCUUUCCCACUGGGUAUCCCCUUUCCCACUGGGUAUCCCCUUUCCCACUAGGUGUAUCCCCUUUCCUACUGGGUAUCCCCUUUCCCACUGGGUAUCCCCUUUCCCACUGGGUAUCCCCUUUCCCUAUAGGUGUAUCCCCUUUCCCGCUAGGUAUCCCCUUUCCUACUAGGUAUCCCCUUUCCCACUAGGUGUAUCCCCUUUCCCACUGGGUAUCCCCUUUCCCACUAGGUGUAUCCCCUUUCCCACUAGGUGUAUCCCCUUUCCCACUGGGUAUCCCCUUUCCCACUGGGUAUCUCCUUUCCCACUAGGUGUUUCCCCUUUCCCACUAGGUGUUUCCCCUUUCACGCUAGGUAUCCCCUUUCCUACUAGGUAUCCCCUUUCCUACUAGGUAUCCCCUUUCCCAAUGGGUAUCCCCUUUCCCACUAGGUGUAUCCCCUUUCACGCUAGGUGUAUCCCCUUUCACGCUAGGUAUCCCCUUUCCUACUAGGUAUCCCCUUUCCUUCUAGGUAUCCCCUUUCCCACUGGGUAUCCCCUUUCCUACUGGGUAUCCCCUUUCCCACUAGGUGUACCCCCUUUCCCACUGGGUAUCCCCUUUCCUACUAGGUAUCCCCUUUCCCACUAGGUGUAUCCCCUUUCCCACUAGGUGUAUCCCCUUUCCCACUAGGUGUAUCCCCUUUCCCACUAGGUGUAUCCCCUUUCCCACUGGGUAUCCCCUUUCCCACUAGGUGUAUCCCCUUUCCCACUAGGUGUAUCCCCUUUCCCACUGGGUAUCCCCUUUCCUAACUGGGUAUCCCCUUCCACUAGGUGUAUCCCUUUCCCACUGGUGUAUCCCCUUUCCCACUGGGUAUCCCUUUCCCACUAGGGUAUCCCCUUUUCCGCUAAGGUAUCCCUUUCCUACUAGGUACCCCUUUCCCACUGGGUAUCCCCUUUCCCACUGGGUAUCCCCUUCCCACUAGGUGUAUCCCCUUUCCCGCUAGGUAUCCCCUUUCCUACUAGGUACCCCUUUCCCACUGGGUAUCCCCUAUCCCACUAGGUGUAUCCCCUUUCCUGCUAGGUAUCCCCUUUCCCACUGGGUAUCCCCUUUCCCACUGGGUAUCCCCUUUCCCACUAGGUGUAUCCCCUUUCCCGCUAGGUAUCCCCUUUCCUACUAGGUAUCUCCUUUCCCACUGGGUAUCCCCUUUCCCACUGGGUGUCUCCUUUCCCAUGUCUGUCUGUGUGUCUUUAAUCAACCUUUCACAUUCACAACACCUCAAUCAACUAUUUUAAGUUCCCGUAAAAAAUAAAUCACACACUCAACACAGUGGAAAACUAACAACUUCUCAGUCAGUCCCCCUGUGUUUCUCGGCUGGCUGGGUGUUUGUGCAUAGUGCGAACCAUGGGAUAAUUGUUAACGGGCCGCCGUCCAAGGCUAAACAAAUGGCCCCCGAGUCCAAACUAUCCUGCUUGGAGGAACAGAACAGAGCAUCUGGUACUAUACCGAAUGAGGCCUGCCAACUGUGUGUGCGUGUGCGCAUGUGUGUGUGUGCGCGUGUGUGUGUGUGUGUGUGCGUGUGUGUGCGUGUGUGUGUGUGUGCGUGUGUGUGUGUGUGCGUGUGUGUGUGCUCCCCUCUCUAGCUGGGGUCCUGUCAGCACAGCCGGCAUUUUAUUUAUUGCCUGCUGGAAAUACACACCCAAUUACAACCAGGUUUAGGUGUGGACUCGGAGCAGCGUGUGUGUGUGUGUGUGUGUGUGUGUGUGUGUGUGAGAGCAGAACUUCCAUCAAAUAUAGUGGACUAGUUCUGUGGACUAGCAGAGUAGGCAGGGUUGGGGAAUGUGCGUGUAUGUUUGUAAUUUUGUGUGUGAGGCCUGUGUGUGUAGUGGGAGGAUGAAGCAGAAGGCUGGGCAUUUCUGUAGGCUGGGUUUUAAAGGUAGGGUGAGCAGGCAGGAUGUGUGGAGGUGUGUAGGGCAGAGCGCUAAACUGAGGUGUGGACUACAGAGGUACUAGGGAUGUGGAGGUGUCGAAGAUAGAGGGCAUUGGUGAUACAGAGGAUGGGUAGAUGUAGGGAAGGAGAGGAACAACUAUGAAGGGAAUAGGUCAAAUGUACCAAUUCCAUUUGUUUGAUGGGCCUCCUAAAUCCUCCUGCCUGUCUGCCUUGCAGGGUUCAGAACAUAGACAUAGAAGACUAUUUAUCUAUGUUUUUGAUUCUAUUUCUAUGGUAGGCAGAAUACUUGAUGUGGUCUCCUGUUGUGUUUUACUGGCUCUGAUUCAGACUAAUGGAAUGGAAAUCCACUGGGCACAGACGUCAUUUCAACAUCUAUACCACGUUGGUUCA